CUCUGCAGGAAGAAGGUGUCCAUGAUGACAAGUUUAAAAUACCAGCAGUAGCCAGGUCGAGAUAACCUGCUAGAUUGACUUCAGUAAAAAAGAAAAAAUGUUCAAAAAACGCGUCGAGUGUCUUGCGCGAUUAGCUGAAGCUUAGCGGGCUAACGGUAGCUGACUAGCCAGCUAGCAUGAAGUGGAGCCGCCGCUGCUUUUGUUUACAUCCAGUCCUGAUGAUGGGCCUGGAGAGGUGUGUUAGCUAACCCCGCUACAACAGCUGCUCCGGGGAGGGUGUCAUCCGCCUGCCCGCACCUUCGGGACCGGGGAGGUCCGUCCACACCGCCGCCAGCUGAGGGUGAUGGAAGUGUCCUCUCAGGAUCCAACCCUCAUGGCUAUGGACCUGUCGAAGAGCUACAACCCUCUGACCCGCAGCCACUCUGAAGCCAUGGACCUGGCCAAGAAGCCAGAGUGGUACCACAGACGCCCGCAGAGCUGCGGCACGGACAUCGCUUCCCCCUACAGGUCCAGGGCCUCGUCCUCGUACAACUCUCACUCCGCGCAGCCGGCUGCGCCCGUCCACUGCAGGGACAUGGAGCAGGGCCCCGAGCCUUUGGGGACCUACGUCAACUCACCUCUCGCUCCGGGUCUGGAUCUGUACCACGACGGCGUCCACGGCAACCUGUGGCACCCGGGCUUCUACGGGCCCGACCAAAGCGGCGGCCCCGUCCCCGAAAGCAGUGGCGGCGACGAGAGCGACAGCGGCUCCGACGUCAUUUUCCUCGUCUCCUCGGCGAAGGAGCCGCUCAUAUGCGGCUCUUUCAUCCAGGACAGCGUGAGGCACAUCGUGGAGCCCCUGUCUCCUGCCGUGUCCUCUCUGGACGAAACCAGAAGUUGCUAUCACCUACCUCAGCCCCUGAGCUCGCCCAGCCCCGACAGCUCGUACUCGGAGGAAUCCUCGGACAGCUCGGUGGACAUCCCCGUGCACCACACCAGGCCCGUCGUUCUCCUGUCGGACCUCAGCGCCGUUUACGGCAACCUCGCCGAGUCCGCUGUGGACAUUUCGAGCGACGACAGCGAUGUCAUCGAAGUCUCGGUCACCAACGACGGCGAGAAAGGACUCUGCUGCAAGAAAAGCCCUCCUCGGGGCGAAAGUAAAAAACCUCCGCCCAGGGGGGUGCGGCGCAGCACGAGAAUCAGGAAGUCUGCGUCCGAGCUGCCUCAGUUCGCCUGCACCGGGUCCCGCCACAGUUUGAGGAGACGGGCCAAAAACGACGCGGUGGGCAUUUACAACGAAAGCGGCGACUCCGACGACGUGAUGGAGUACGUGGCGAGGUUGUCCAGCUCGGACGAGUCGGCCUCGCGGCGGAGGUUGACCAGCAAUUCGGAGGAAUCUGAAGUGGACGCCCGGACGGACGGGAGGUCUCCACAGAGGGAGCAGCAGCAGCAGCAGCAGCAGGAGCCUCGCUGCAAAGCUUCGUUUGAGAAAAGCAUCGGCUCUAAACGAAAGAAGCCUCUCUCCGCUCCUAAAACUAAAAAGUUGACGCGAACGAAGCAGAAACAAAACCACCGGAUCCAACCGCAGCAGACCCAGAAGGCCUCGGCCUGCAGGAGCUCGGCGGCGAAUAAGAGAGCCGUUGCAAGGCGAAAGAGAAAAAGGCGUCCCCAGACCUCAGGUCCUUCUGCUCUGUUUUCCCCCAGAGAGCCAGAGAUAAAGCUGAAAUAUUUAAACGCUAAGGAGGGGAAGAAGGACAAGAAGUCGGACAGCUUCUUCCCCUUCGUUCACAUGGAGCGGAGGACGUGCACCGUGGUCAACUACCAGGAGGAGGAGACGACGGUCCGGAGCAGCAGAGCAGGAUGGCAGCAGCAUCAGCAUCAGCAGCAGCAGCAACAGCAGCAGCAGCAGCAGCAGCAGCAACAGGCGGCCACCAGGUCUCUACCCGGGUUUGUUCCCAACACGUCCUGUUUCCAGCUGGGUCGGCUCAGCUCGGACAGCAGGUGUCAGGCCUCGCUUCUGUGCUGCCUGUGCGGCCAGUCGGCCAACGCCAUGGGCCUGGGGGACCUCCACGGACCGUACCGUCCCAUCAGCCCGUCAGCGGACCAGCAGAAAGGCAAGCCCGAGCAGAGGGAGGGGUUGAACGGACUCUCUAACAGGUGCUCGAUAAAUGCCUCGGACGACGACGACGACCGCGGCGCCGAUGAUCUGAAAAGCGACAGCCACUCUCCUCCGAAGGUGCCCCCUCGCCUGGACGAGUGCUGGAUCCACGAGGACUGCGGCGUCUGGUCGGCCGGCGUCUUCCUGGUCAGGGGAAAGCUGUACGGGCUGGAGGAGGCGGCGCGGCUCGCUCAGGAAACGAUUUGUUCAGCCUGCCAUCAAACGGGAGCAGUGAUGGGUUGUUUCCAGAAGGGAUGCCCCAGAAAUUAUCACUACAAAUGCGCCGUUCAGUCAGACUGUCUUCUAAAUGAAGAGAACUUCUCAAUGAGGUGUCCAGAGCACAAGAACAAGACGUUCACGAGCAAACAACAGAAGAGAUGACCCCGACGACGCGUGGAGGAACUGAAGAACGAUCCUCAGAUCUCCUCAGGGUGCAACGAGCGCUGCCCGACUUCACCUCAGCUGCUUUGCAACACUAAUUAAUGUGUGUAUGCGUUGGAGCAGAAGGAAAAACCUUCUGGUAAGAUUUCACUCGUCUCGGCAGACCGAUCGAACCAUGGGCCACUGUAGGUUUUUUUAAUACGAGAAGUGUCUUUUUUUUUUUUUUUUUUGGUUUGUUUCUUUUCUUUUGUAGGUCUAUAACAGACAGUUACACCAAUUGGACUAAGCUGAGCGUGUGUGUGUGUGUGAGUGUGUGUGUGUGUGUGUGUGUGUGUGUGUGAGAGUGAGUGUGUGUAUGCGUGUGUGUAUUUAUUCUUCUUCAUGAAGAUCCACUCUUUGACUAGCCAUGUCACAAAGACAGUUUAUCAUUUCAACAUAGUUAUUAUAUUUAAAUGAGCUUUAUUGAUCAGUUGUAUAGAAUAUGAUAUCUUUAUAUGAGGCCACUUUUUUCUACAGUUUUUGUACUACUUUUUUAUUCCCUGUAGUGCUUCAGUCAUCACAUCAGUUAAUUUAAUCGAUAAGUUGCAUGUAGGGUCGAUGUUUGCUGCGACGCACUUUAUUGUCUAAUUUUAUUAUAUCCGCUACUAUUUAUGUAUUCUUCCUUUUCUACUAAAAUUAUUUAAAUUUUAAUAUAAAGCUGCACUACGCCAAGAGUUACAUGUAAAAAAAAAAUGUCUGUCGACGUCUCAAAACGACAUCGCAUCCUUUCUAAGCGAGACCACCGAUCGGCCAUUUUGGGGGCGUGUUGGUUUUCAUUGCUGGUGUCGGGUUUAGAGGCUUCUCUGCUUACAGGAUGCGGAAACUUUAAAGAGUUGAAUCCGGGGAAGGAUUUCAGGAAACGGAAAGUCAAAAGAGUCAGUUCAGCCGAAUCACAAAGCAUCUAAAUCCUUUAGGUUUUUGUUUUUAGAGCUGCAGCGAUGGAUCAAUUUCCAGGUAAAAUGCUCAUAGAAACUACAGACUGCAGCUUCUCAAACGUGGGAAUUUGCUCGUUUCUCUUUUUAGAUGGAAUAUCUUUCUUGAUAAAUAAAAAAAAACAAAAAAAAAACAUGGUUUAUUACCUCGGUUUACACUCUUCUUACUUUUUAAUGAAUUCAUUAAAUUGAUAUAAACAUUUGCACAACUGUUACAACUUUUAGCUUAAAUUUGUUUACAUGUUAUAUGUUUAAAAACUGCCCACACUGACAUUCAUGGCAGCAGAAAGACCAGCGGUUUCUGUUAGAGAGCAAUUCAAGACUGACUGACUGCCGCAUCGCUCUCUGCUGCAUAAAAUAAAUACCCUGAAUCAUAGGUCUUCAACAGGAGGUCUACGACCCCUAGGGGGCCCGCAGGGGUACUGCAAGGGGAUUUUUGAUUGAUUAUUUUUAUUUAUUUAUUUUUCCUACAAAUUUAAAUUUUUUUAAAUACACAUUAACAUGAAUUCAAUAUAUUUAUAUUUAUAAAUGCCACUGGGCUUAUUUUAAUAUAGAACACACAUAGUAGGUAGGGGGUCCCUACUUAAGCAUUGUGGGGUCCUUGGCCUGUAAAAACCGUGGGAGACUCCUGCCCUAGAUGUCUGUCCAAGUCGGCCAACAUUUUAUGUAUCAUAAUAUAUUCUGCAUUCAUAUUAAAAGUUGCAUUAAAUACGUUAAGCACCGUCGUCCCAAAUUGUGGGGGUUCCUGCGGCCAGGAACGAACAAAAUAACCGAAAAAGACAAAAGCAACGUGUCAAAUGUUGGAGACCAAGGAAGUUGCACGCCUACUAAAACCGAAACCGCCCACCACUGUAACACGGUCGCUAUGCAGAUAGACUUCUAAAACUGAACGAUAUGCACAAGCAUUUACGCUGAGCAGGUAGUGGGUUUAGGCUACUUUUUGUAGAUCAGUAAUGCAGUCACAGGUGCAGUGGUCGACCUCAGAGCCUGGAGACUGGACCAGCUGUUUCAUCUCUCUUCACUUAAUUCCAAAAUAGGUUUACACUGAAUAAAUCUGAACCUUAAAGUUGAAUAGUGUCAUUAGUUGAAGUAAAAGUUUGAAAUAGAUAUCAUAUUAUAAUAUGUUGUCAUUAUUGUUUGUUUGUUUAGUGUUAGCACUUAUUUAAAAAAAUAAAUUAAAAAAAGGAACAUUAGACAAGAUGUGCAGGGGAGGUCAUAAAAAAGAGUGGGCUUAAAAAAGAAAAAAAAAAUCAACAGCUUUAUCGACUAAUUAGAAAAAAAAUGAAUCGAUCGACUGAAAAACAAAUGGUUUGUUGCAGCCUUGGCUGUAACCACUUGUCUCCAUAAAUACAGAGAUGAAAGCCGAGUGCUGCUUUUACUGCCUCCGUGAGAACAAGCUGUUCGUAAGCAGCCAAUACAGAGCAAUUAGCAUCCUUUUGUUUCUGAGGCCGUCAGAUCCCUUCCGCUCUCCUCGCUGCUCUGAAUCUCACCGAAGAUUACGCCGUACCAAAUUUAAAUGAAACCCCGACAUUAAUGAUGCUCGGCGGAAUAAACACGCAGCUCGAGAUGAGGAGCCCCAGAUACGUUUUUUUUGUUUUUUAAAAUGUGCUUUUGUGAUUUGGGUGAAUCGGCCCUUCAGCUCAUCUUAAGUUCCCUCUGGCUGUCGUGUGGAGCUGAAGUCGCCUAGUGCAGCUUUUUAACCGUCUGUCUGUCGCUUGUGUUUCAGUUCACAUGAGUUGUCGCCGGACUUAAUUGUUUAAGAAGAGAAUGUUUUGAGUAAAUGGUCUAUUUCGGAGUUUGGUUUCAUGCCUGCACUUUCUGUUAUUUGAGGAAUAAUUAAAAAAAAUAUAAAAGAUGAUUGAUGUUAUUUAAUAAAAGUCAAUAAAACUGAA